GUUCCCUCAAGAGCCUGCAGUCUGCUCUCUUGAAAUCGUAAGCAGUGAGCUUGCUUCGAGUUCUCCUGUCUGGGAGAAGUCGAGCCCCAAGACGCGGCACAAGCGAGGCCUUCACCUGAAGAGAGAAGAAUUCGCCAACAAAGGAGAACAGAAGAAGGGCGAAUGGAAGGGCAGAAACGUUGUGACAAAACAAGCACUGUUAACCUCCUGAAAGAGUCGGCAUCAGCAGGUGUGCUGGGGUGCAUGCAUGGAAACGGAAGCAGCAAGAACACGAAGCCCAAGCUGCUGCUGGUGGACAAAUUUUUCUCUUGCAAGGUAGUAAUGGGAAGGACCAAAGUGGCCAGAACAUGAUGCUUGUUUGCUUUUUCUUGGGACAGGCCAAGUGGCAAGCUGAUUGGAGUCCAGAUCCCGAGGAAAUCUCCAGAUCAAAUGCCCAGUAAAUAAAACACUGAGCUAAGACUUGUGGAAGAGCUGCAGAAUGGAUGGAUUUUAUGACCAGCAAGUGCCUUACAUGGUCACCAAUAAUCCGCGUGGGAGAAACUGUAAUGAGAGACCGACAAAUGUCAGGAAAAGAAAAUUCAUUAACAGAGACCUGGCUCAUGAUUCAGAAGAACUCUUUCAAGAUCUGAGCCAAUUACAGGAGACAUGGCUUGCAGAAGCUCAGGUACCUGACAAUGACGAGCAGUUUGUGCCAGACUAUCAGGCUGAAAGUUUGGCUUUUCAUGGUCUCCCUGUGAAAAUCAAGAAGGAACCCCAUAGCCCAUGUUCGGAACUUGGCUCAGCUUGCAGUCAAGAGCAACCAUUCAAGUUCAGUUAUGGGGAAAAGUGCCUGUACAAUGUCAGUGCCUAUGAUCAGAAGCCACAAGUGGGAAUGAGGCCCUCCAACCCACCGACGCCAUCCAGCACUCCUGUGUCACCGCUGCACCAUGCCUCCCCAAACUCAGCUCAGACUCCUAAACCUGACCGGGUUUUCCCUACUCAUCUCCCUCCAUCCCAAUCCAUUCAAGACAGCAGCUUCCCUAUGGACCACAGAUUUCGCCGCCAGCUCUCUGAACCUUGCAAUUCUUUCCCACCUUUGCCUGCAAUGCCAAGGGAAGGACGUCCAGUUUAUCAGCGCCAGAUGUCGGAGCCAAACAUCCCUUUCCCGCCUCAAGGUUUUAAGCAGGAGUACCAUGAUCCAGUUUAUGAACACAAUGCUAUGGUUGGCGGUGCAGCCAGUCAGAAUUUCCCCCCUCCUCUGAUGAUUAAACAGGAACCUAGGGAUUUUGCGUAUGAUUCAGAAGUGCCUAGCUGCCAUUCCAUUUACAUGAGGCAAGAAGGCUUCCUGGCUCACCCAAACAGAACAGAAGGCUGCAUGUAUGAAAAGGGACCUAGGCAGUUUUAUGAUGACACUUGCGUUGUUCCUGAGAAGUUUGACGGUGAUGUUAAACAGGAGCCAGGCAUGUACCGUGAGGGACCCACGUAUCAACGACGAGGCUCUCUUCAGCUGUGGCAGUUCCUGGUAGCUCUUCUUGAUGACCCAUCAAACUCUCACUUCAUAGCGUGGACUGGCCGAGGCAUGGAAUUCAAGCUGAUUGAGCCAGAGGAGGUGGCACGUCGCUGGGGGAUUCAGAAAAAUAGGCCAGCUAUGAACUAUGAUAAACUUAGCCGAUCGCUUCGCUACUACUACGAAAAGGGAAUCAUGCAAAAGGUGGCUGGAGAAAGAUACGUGUACAAGUUCGUGUGCGACCCCGAAGCGCUUUUCUCCAUGGCUUUUCCCGACAACCAGCGCCCCUUACUGAAGACUGACAUGGAGCGCCACAUCAACGAGGAGGACACUGUGCCUCUGUCCCACUUUGAUGAGAGCAUGGUCUACAUGCAGGACGGUGGCUGCUGCAACACCCACCCCUAUAACGAAGGCUAUGUCUAUUAACAACAGUGACAGUGAAGGGGGUGUUUUCCCCCUCCCUUAGGCUUCUCCUCUUUCACAAGACCCAGAGGAAAGCUGAAUCGACUUCGGUUUGUUUUUUAAAUAGUACACUAAAAGGGGCUUUUCCUGUUGCAUUACUCCUAUGGUCUGCCAUGGACAGCGCACUUUAUUUGAAAGGGGAGGGUUGGAACCUAAACGUUAUUCUGUGUAACAGGAGGAAAAAGGGUGGGUUUGCUUUUUACUUAAGUUUGGGAAGGGAACAUACAGGUUUUAAGUACAAAAGAAAACAAAACGAAACCAAGCUAUAUCAUGUCUGUUUUGUUUCAUAUCGACAUAAGAUAUUGUACAUUUUCUCUGGGUAUCCGUAGUACAGUUAAUUCUCAUUGUGCAAAAUAACCACUCGAUGAUGGUAUCAGCACAGCUGGCCUAGGGCAUUUGUUUCUUGCCAUUCCUAAUUGUCUUUCUGCAGUUAUAAAAGAGAAACAAAGCAUAGACCACAGCAUUUAAUUUAGAAGCUUGCAGUGGCAGACCUUGCACCUUGCCCCUGAAAACAGCCUGAUACUCGAGAUAAUUUUUGUUUCUUUCUUUUCUUCUUCUUCUUCUUCUUCAUUUUUUUCCUGCGUGGCCUCAAAAGAAAAUCCUGUUUAAUGACAGAGUGACAAGCAGCAAAACCCCUGACUGCGAGCCAUGUGCUGCGUCCCGUGCCACGCUGCUCUGCAUACGUGGCCCAUGCAACAGCUGAGACCUUUCAAGAUCCAUUUGAGGGUAGUAAUUACAUGUGGUUGGCUUUCUGAUGAUCACGUCAGCAUUAAAUACAGGAUCAUGAUCGGGAGGGAGAAAACAUUUUGUAUCCUUCCAUUUCCUUUGGUACAUAAAUAAGUUAUUUAAUCAAUAGGAAUUAACUGUACUAAGUCACAUAUCUAAUUAUGCUGUUUAGACACAGCAAGCACUCCUUGGGAAAAAUAUCCAAUACACUAAAUAGGUACUUUAGUAAUUUUUAGACACGGUACCCAUUAAUAUGCAUUUAAACCUUUUACUGCUGUGUUAUGUUGAUAACAUAUAUAAAUACUAGAUAAUGCUAAUGCUUCUGCUGCUGUCUUUUUCUGUAAUAUUCUCUUUGAUGCUGAAUUUACUAUGACCAUUUAUAAGCAAUGCUGUAACUACAGGUAGCAUUUCAGGACAAAAUAGAUGACUUGAACCAUUUAUUGCUUAGAAAAAUCGCUUAGGCCAUAGCUGUGCUAUAAGCAGCUUUUACGUGCAUCCACAAAUGCCUAGUAAGCUUCAGCUUGCUAAGGAAAGCUCUGCAGAACCUUUUGUAAUUUUCAGUGGAACGGAGACUUAAAUGAACUGUCAAAGAAUUACCAUGAAGUCGCUGUAUGACGUUGUAGUGCUGGCACUGAUGUUACCAAUCUACUUGUUUUGGACACUAAAUGUAAAUGUGAUCAGAUAACGCUCGGAAGACAAUUGAAGUUUUGAGGGUUGGGUUGGUUUUUGUUUGUUUGGGUUGGGUUUGGGGGGUUUGUUUUGGUUUUUUUUCUUCACGUUUUAUUUCAUGAGAGGGGGAAAUGGUGAACACAAACCACAUAUGUUACUCUGUAUGGAUAACAAGAGGGGGUAAAAAAAAGAAGCCCUAGCAAAACUUCAAAUGUUUUAAAUACUUAUGAGCACCUUUUCUGGAAUAUAAAGGGAAGGAGAAGGGGGUAAGAUCUCAAGGUCCCUUUUUUUGUUUUGCCCAGUGAAAUUUAAAUAGGUGUUAUAUGGAGUAGCUCAUUGUCCUGUAUUCCUGAGAAAUGAGGGGGAAAUGGAUGAAUAAUCAUAAAACAACAAGAAUUGUUUUCAUCGCAAUGGAUGGAAUUCCAAGACAAUCCUAGGGUGGUGGGUUAAUUUUCUGUGUUCUGUCAAUUAAGACACUAGUUAAGGUAGGAAUAUUUUAAUAUGCUGUUAAUCAGAAAGUAAAGAAUUUAGUUGUCAGUAGAAACCACAGAUGCAUUUAGAAAAAGCAUUAAGGCAGGUAUUUAAUUUACUCAAAUUCCUAAGACAACAUGGGAUUUUAUGUAUGCCUUAAUCUGUCACUUAAUUCUAUCAUUGAGAAGUCUCAAUGGCACUUAAAUUUUCACUGAUCAGCCCAGAAUCAGAAGACUAAAAUUGCAGAAUUAGCAAAAGGAAAAGAAAAAAAAGUAAAGGGAAAAGGUUGAGUAAGAUUGCUUUAAAACAAAACUGUGGUUUCCAUUGAAAAUGAAACAUGCUUUGAUGAAAAGUCCUUGGAUUGGUUUUGAUUCUUUGAUGUCAGUAUGAAGCGCCUCUUGCCUGUGGCAGGAUGUGGGUAGUUGGGAAAGGGGUUGGGGAAAAAAAAAAGGAGAAAAAAAUGAGAAAAAAAAAGGAGGCAAGAAAAGGAGGAAGAAAUGCAUCAAAUGUGUAAUAUUUAAGAAGAAAUAUAUAUAUUUAUCUGUAUAAGGUAGUGACUCACUGAACAAACCAAGCAAUCAGACCAACAUUACGUGAUCUCUAAGCAGAAGAUAUCAAAAGUCUUUCACUGAGCUGAUUAACCCUUUUUAAAAUGUACCAAGAGGUUUAUUUAAAGUCUGUUUUUAUUCCACUUUUUUUUGUUUGUUUGGGAUUUGUUUUGGUUUUGUUUUUUUCUUUUUUUUUGAGGGGGAAAGGUGAGGGGUGUUUUUGUUUGUUUGGGGUUUUCAGGUAGAAUAAUAAAUCUGGCAGCUGAUUUCUGCAA